CAGAGGCGCUGCGGCCAGCUCUUACCAGAUAAAGAAGUCUUUCGUAUCAACAAGGCGUGUUGGUUGCUAGAGGCAUUAAAGUUUGAGUUCCCGCUUUUUCCGCCUCUCUGACAAAUGGCCGAUGUGCUGGGAUCGCUCGGAUUUACACAAGACCUACCUGACGACCUGGUAGAGCAAGAUGAUUUUACGCUGCUGGCAAACGCAGUCCGCAACGAGCGGAACACCCAAGACAUCUUGGAGUAUAAGCAUGAACUUGUGGAGCGUGUGCAGCAGCGCCUGGAAGACCAGGUUAAUCGGGUAGACACAUGGAAGGACGCCGGCAAAAGCAACCGAUUACCGGAGGACGACAUCGACAUGUCGGUGCCCAUCCUCUGCUGCACGCUAAAUAACAACCGGUUCAGGUACCUGCUCAAGGCCUACUGGCGCGCCCGGCUGCAAAAGAUUGAGCGCUUCGCCACCCUCAUCAUAGACUCGCCCGAGCUGCAGCGCAACUGCUCCCCCAAGGAGCUGCAGCACUGCCUGCAGUACUUUGUGGCGGUGGGCAGGUGUCUGAAGGAGGUGGUGCUGGCCCGGCUGCCGGAGGAGUUCCAGACGCUGGUCCAGGAGUCCCAGCUGACGGACGCGCGGGACAUGCUGCCCGCCCCCCGGCUGGACCGCUGCGUGUUCGUCAAGAUCACCAAGGAUGCGGGGCACGUGGCGGUGGACACGGAGGGUCAGAAGCUGGUUGACAUGAAGGCGGGCGACAUCUACAUCAUCCAGUACCAGCUGGUGCGGCGGCUGGUGCAGCAAGACAUGGCAGUGCUCAUAUGAUGCAGGGC